CUUUACUUUCGUAUGAUGACCUUCCUUUUUUUCCACCAUCAUCGUCCACAGCGUCCAGGAUAUGGGUCUCUGCAGAGAUUCCGGUCCUUUGGAUCUACAGGAUGCCUGCAUUCGAGGCUCCUGGUCAGCACUAGUACCAACAGUAUUCGUCGUCGCGUUCUGCAUAUUCGCUAUUCCUGUUAAGGUGCCAGCAAAACUCCGACCGUUUAUCGACAGCAUCAAAGCGCCGCUGCAGACUUUUUUACCUCUCCAUGAGGCAGAAGUCCUUGACCUGGAUGAAAAGGGGCCAGGAGGGGAGGUUGAGGUUGAGUAUGUCGUCCCUUUAUGGCGGACCGUCGUUUUCGCGUUGCUCGGGCUCGUGGAGGCGCUAUCAUGGCUAGGAAAUGGUUCUUAUCGUCUUGCUACGCACCCACAAGAUGCUUGGACAGGUAUUCAGCCGCUCUUGAUAGCGCUGACGUGGCUCUACACGGUCGUGGUGCCGGUCGCACGCCCUUCUCCUACCCCACCAUUCGAUUUGUUCGCCCUGUAUAUCGUCCAUCUUCUCAGCGGAAUCAUGCUGCUAGGUGGUGCUUUAUACGAAAACUCAGUCUACGACCUGCCUUUACCACCCGCAACGCUCAUUUUGGCAUAUUCGAUAAACUUAGUAAUCAUCUUGGUGGUCCUUGGGGUCGUUGUGAACAUGCCGCUUGACUUGCCAAGCAGACAGGUUGAUAAAAAGUCCAUUGGGACCACUGUCAGUCCGGAGGACUAUGCGACGCUCUUUGAAUGGCUUACAUUCUCUUGGGUCUAUCCACUGGUCAAGAACGGUAGAUACAAUACUUUGAACGACAUUGACGUCUGGAACCUCAGCCCAUCAUUUCAGUCUCGCCCCUUAUUUAUCAAGUUCAGCAGUGUCAUUCGCUCCUCCCUCCUUCGCAAGAUCUGGGCAUCUAACUCGUUGGACAUCAUACUCGAUGCCCUUUUCACGAUCCUCAGCGUGAUCUUCAAUUACACAACACCAUUCUUCCUCAACCGAAUCCUGGCUUCUAUCGAUCGCGACUCUACGCCAGAACAACGCACCAAUGCGUACAUUUACGCGUCUUUGAUGUUUAUAAUAUCUGUCGCUAGGGCAGAAUUGGAUUUGCAGCAUCUAUGGUUCGGCCGACGAGCAGCCACAAGGAUUAGAUCAGAGCUUAUGGCAGCAAUCUAUGACAAGGCUUUGAAGCGAAAGGACUUCUCGGGUAUUGUUGAUGCGGAUAAGGGUAAAACCGCCGACGACAAGGACACUACUACUGCGAAUGGAACAGACAAAGGGAAAGCCAAGGCAAAGGAAGACGAUAAAGGUGAUGAUCCCAAAGCUGGUGCUGAUGUCGGUAAAAUCGUCAACCUGAUGGCUGGCGAUGCUAAUAGGAUCUCAAACAUGGUCACCGGAGCGUACUAUAUAUACGGAGCUCCCCUUGAAAUCAUUAUCGGCGGAAUCUUCCUAUACCAGCUACUGGGAUGGUCUGCUUUUGCGGGCUUUGUCGUUCUGCUCGCCGGGUGGCCUCUGAACAGCUACCUCUCCAAGAGAAGCAUACGCAUCCAAAAAGGUUACAUGGCUGAAAAAGAUAAGCGGAUGGGCGUCCUCAAUGAACUCAUCGGAGCUGUCAAAUUCAUCAAGUUUUUUGCUUGGGAAGACCGAUGGAUUGACCGAGCAAUGGAGGCCAGGGGCAAGGAGCUGAAGUGGUUGAUUAAAAGCAGGAUCAACUGGAUAAUGUUCUAUGUCUUGUGGACCACUGCCCCCAUUUUGGUAUCCAUCCUCGCUUUCUUCGCGUAUGUCGUUCAGGGCAAUGAAUUGACCAUAAGUACUGCCUUUACGGCCAUCUCGCUGUUUGCCAUGAUCCGGGGACCACUCAAUAUCAUACCGAUGUGGAUCGUCCAGGUUCUCCAGACCGGCGUCGCCCUUAAACGAAUCGAAGUUUACCUCCAGGAAGAGGAGGUGACGGAUCAGGUCUCGUCGCUGAAGAAAGAUCUUUCAGAGCCUCUCCUCCUUGGUCCUGAUGAAGAAGGGUUAGGUCUCGAGAACGCUUCAUUGAAAUGGAAUGAAGUUGAGAAACCCAAAGAAGACGAGGCCGGUCACCAUAACAAACUUUCGACGGCGUCUUCUACAGAAACUGUUGACAUCCAAGCCGAGACAACCAUUGAGGACGAACCUCUUGAUCAUAAAUUUGAGCUUCGUGAUAUUUCGGUGUUGUUUCCUGAGGGCGAACUUAGCAUUAUCACAGGCCCCACGGCUAGUGGUAAGACGGCCUUGCUUAUGGCUGUCCUUGGCGAAAUGACGCUCCUCAGUGGUCGUAUUGUCAUGGCGAAGGACAGAUCGAGAAUCGAUGAACACGGAAACAUGCACGCAAUCUCUUACGCUGCUCAGGCGCCAUGGCUACGGCAUCAGUCCAUCAAGGAUAACAUCCUGUUUGGUUACCCGCUAGACGAAGAACGGUACGAAGCCGUAAUAGAGUGUUGCGCUUUGAAACCCGACUUGGCUAUGCUUGAAGAUGGUGACGCUACUGAAAUUGGUGCUCGCGGUGUCAGUCUAAGUGGUGGACAGAAGGCUCGGGUUGCUCUUGCCCGUGCCGUUUACGCCCGUACUAAAUACGUUCUUCUCGAUGACCCUUUGAGCGCUGUGGAUAGUCACACUUCAAGAUUCUUAUACGAGCGUCUCCUUCUUGGGCCCCUUUUGGCCAACAGAACAGUUGUCCUGGUUACCCAUCACGUUGAACUGGUUCUUCCGGGAACUCAUUACUUGGUUCGCAUGCUUGAUGGGCGUAUCGAUGCAAAGGGUACUGUCAAGGACCUCCGUGCGCAAGGACUAUUGGAUGAGAUAACGCAGGAGGCGGCGCUUGAGGCUCACGAGGAGAAAAUAGAGGCCGAACAUUCCUCGGAAGACACGGUAGAGGCUAUUACUGACAAACCCGCUGACGUCGAGGCGAAGAAACCUCGGAAACUCAUCAAAGACGAGCAUCGCGAAACGGGUGGCGUCAAGUGGAGCAUCUACAAGAGCUAUCUAAAGGCGUCCUCGUAUUGGAUUUGGGCCCUCCUUUUAUUCUUUGUAGCCGUUAAUCAACUUCUGGGUAUCUCUGAGAAGCUCUGGAUCAAGGCAUGGGGAGAAGCUUAUGGCGAUUUCCGGACGUCGAUGUUCUAUAGUAACAGAGCUUUCUCCGCCCCGGAACAUGAAAUUGUUUUCGACGGUCAUAUUCAGUCCCAUAUUCAUAACUUCCAUAACACGCCUACUUUAGUGAGCUUCGCUCGUCCUAACCUUCCUGACGCUCGGGAACACCCCUUGUUCUACGUUGGUGUUUAUGCUGCAAUUGGCAUUGGAGGCGCGCUUGUGAGCGUUAUGUCAACGACGGCUCAGUUUACGGGAGCUCUCAGAGCGUCACGUAUUCUCUUCAAGCAACUUCUUGUCACUGUUGUUCGGGCAACGUUUAGAUUCCAUGAUACCACUCCACAGGGGCGUAUGCUGAACCGCUUCGGCAAGGAUAUCGAGACCAUCGACUCGUCCUUGGCUGGAUCCAUGCAAGCUGUGAAUUCAUCGCUUGCUAGUUUCUUUGCGUCAAUUCUGACUGUGGCGGUCGUCUUUCCCGUAUUCCUGGUCCCGGCUGCACUCAUCGGCUUCAUAUAUCGAGAGCUCGCCCUUGGUUACUUAAAUACUGGCCGUGACCUUCGCCGAAUGGAGUCUAAUACUCGCUCGCCCAUUUUUUCCGACUUUGGAGAGUUGUUGGAAGGUAUUGUUACCGUUCGAGCGUUCUCAUCAGAAAAGAGGUUUUUGGACAACCUCCACAAAAAGAUAGAUACGACCACAAAGAUGUGGUAUGGUUUCUGGAUGACAAACCGGUGGCUCCUGUUGAACUUUGAUGCUCUGGGUGCUGCUGCCGUCUUCGUUACCGCUCUAUUCUCGAUAUCGAGCCUCGACAACUCUGCGGGUCUUGCGGGUCUUUGUAUCACCAGUGCUCUCAGCUUCACUUCAUCGGUAUACUGGGCAUGCCGAUUUUGGACCGGUCUGGAACUGGAUCUCAACUCGGUAGAGCGAGUUGUAGAGUACCUAGAGCUGCCCCAGGAACCGCCCGCUGUCAUCGAGUCUCAUCGGCCACCUGCAUACUGGCCGUCAAGCUCAGAGAAUGACAGUCUAAUCGCAGUCGAGAAUCUGGUCGUCAAGUACUCUCCUGAGUUACCUGCGGUUCUGCAAGACAUAUCUUUCACUUUGAAAGCAGGGGAAAGGAUCGGUCUUCUCGGUCGGACCGGGUCAGGAAAGUCGACCUUGGCUAUGAGUAUUCUGCGCUUCGUAGAUCCGACGGAAGGGCGUAUUCUCAUCGAUGGGAUUGAUACAUCGACAAUUGGUAUCCACGAUCUUCGGUCGCGACUAACUUUCAUCCCACAAGAUGCGACCCUCUUCUCUGGCACGCUUAGAGAUAACCUGGAUCCCUUUGAUGAGCAUGACGAUGCGGAAUGCAUGGAAGCUCUGUACCGUGUACAGAUGAUCUCACAGAGCCAGUUCCCUUCGCGGCGCACUUCUCGUGCUCCUUCAGAACUGUCGACGCCUGCGGCGUCUCGUCCAGCGUCUGUCCACGAAGACACCACGGAUUCAGUAUCAGCUACAUCUACUGAUGUCGAUGCUAAAACCACCGUGUCUUUGGAUACAAAGGUUUCCCCAGGAGGUACCAACUUUUCUCAGGGACAAAGGCAGCUGAUCGCCAUGGCGAGAGCGUUGCUCCGACGCAGCUCAAUCAUUGUUCUGGAUGAGGCUACAAGCAGCAUCGACUUUGCCACAGAUGCAAAGAUCCAGACGACGAUUCGGGAAGAGUUCACGCAAUCAUUACUGUUGACGGUGGCGCAUCGACUCCGGACUGUGAUUGAUUACGACCGUCUUAUCAUCCUUGACAAGGGGAAGAUAGCUGAAUUCGAUACGCCGCUACGCUUGAUACAGAAAGAGGAUGGGAUAUUCAGGAACAUGUGUAUGAAAUCUGGUAGCUUCAGCGAGCUACAGGCAUCAGCAAAAGCAAAAGCUGAACGUGAUGAGGCAUCUGGAAAGACUCUUUAAAUGGGUGAUUCUCUGUAGUCAUUUACAGAACGAGAAUGCGAAACUUGUAAUAUAACUGACAGAUAGAACAAAGACAUCGUAGCUGAGCGCUGAACUUUGAGUUUUUGAGUUUUCC